UGAGCAAGUAACCAGCUACCAUGUAUCUGAGGUUGAAAUAUUCACAAUAGAGUGAUGAAACCUCAUUUUUGGCGGAAAUUAAAAGGGAUACAAUACAUUUAAGCAGAUUUGACGAGUGCCUCACAAUUAGAUGGAUUCUGUGCAACUGGGAUGUAUCUAUAAAUCUUUGUCGGGAUAACACGGACCCCACCGAAUACUGUUAUUCAUGCAGUCUCAGACUAGGAGGAUUAUUUCGUCUGGUUAGCCAACUAGCUAGUCAGCUAGCUCGCUAAUGUUGGCUUGCCAGAGGUUGGUUCACUGGCUGGCCGGUAAGCGUGAACUGUGUCAUCCCAAAAGGACAAGAUAACUAUUUUAGAAUUAUCUUUGUCCCGUGAAGAAGCAAGCUGCAGAGACCCCCUAAUUAGGCGUUAGCUAGCUGUUCAGCUAGCUAGCUAGCUAGCUAACAUCCUCACACGGGACUGCUCCAUAGAAGUAGUAGCUAGCUGACGACGAGCUAACUACCACCCCCACACGGCAUCGACAACAAAAAAAUCAAGAGGACCAUGUCGUCCACGCCAGCUGGACCACCGUCGGUGGACAAGGUGGACGGCUUCACCCGCAAGUCUGUGCGGAGAGCCCGGCAGAGGAGGGCUCAGAGCUCCUCCCAGUUCCGCGCUCAGGACAAGCCCAUUGAGCUGACCCCCUUACCACUGCUCAAAGAUGUGUCCGCUCAGGAGCAGCCGGAGCUGUUUGUCAAGAAGCUGCAGCAGUGCUGCGCCCUCUUUGACUUCAUGGACACGCUGUCCGACCUCAAGAUGAAGGAGUACAAGCGCUCCACGCUCAACGAGCUCGUGGACUACGUCACCGUCAGCCGCGGCUACCUGACCGAGCAGACCUACCCUGAAGUGGUCAAGAUGGUGUGCUAUAACAUCUUCCGGACUCUUCCGCCCAGUGACAGCAAUGAGUUUGACCCUGAGGAGGACGAGCCCACACUGGAGGCCUCCUGGCCUCACUUACAGCUGGUCUACGAGUUCUUCAUCCGCUUCCUGGAGAGCCAGGAGUUUCAGCCCAGUGUGGCCAAGAAGCACAUAGACCAGAAAUUUGUCUUGCAGCUGCUGGAGCUGUUUGACAGUGAGGACCCUCGGGAGAGGGACUGUCUGAAGACUGUGCUGCACAGAAUCUACGGCAAGUUCCUGGGCCUGCGCGCCUUCAUCCGCAAACAGAUUAACAACAUUUUCUUAUGUUUUGUCUACGAGACGGAGCACUUCAACGGUGUGGCUGAGCUGCUGGAGAUCCUGGGCAGUAUCAUCAAUGGCUUCGCUCUUCCACUGAAGGCCGAACACAAGCAGUUCCUGGUCAAAGUCCUGCUGCCGCUGCACACGGUCAAGAGCCUGUCACUCUUCCACGCACAGCUGGCCUAUUGUAUUGUACAAUUCUUAGAGAAGGACCCGACGUUAACAGAGCCAGUAAUCAGAGGCUUGCUGAAAUUCUGGCCCAAAACGUGCAGUCAGAAAGAGGUGAUGUUUCUGGGCGAGUUGGAGGAGAUCCUGGACGUCAUCGAGCCCACCCAGUUCGUCAAGAUCCAGGAGCCACUCUUUAAGCAGAUCUCCAGAUGUGUGUCCAGCCCCCACUUCCAGGUGGCAGAGCGUGCACUCUACUACUGGAACAACGAGUACAUCAUGAGCCUGAUCGAGGAGAACUCCAACGUCAUCCUGCCCAUCAUGUUCGCUAGUCUCUACCGCAUCUCCAAAGAGCACUGGAACCCGGCAAUCUCUGCUUUAAUCUACAACGUGCUCAAGGCCUUCAUGGAGAUGAACAGCACUUUGUUUGAUGAGCUUGCCGCCACCUACAAAGCAGAUCGCCAAAGGGAGAAGAAGAAGGAGAAGGACCGCGAGGAGCUGUGGCGACAGUUGGAGGAGCUGGAGCUGCGGAGGGCCAUCCAGAACAGCGACGCCUCCUCCACCGCCUCCACCGCCGCCGCCGCCCCCGCCCCCGUCAUCCCCACCUAACAACCGCAGCGGCCACGGGCGCCCUGCCCCCUCAGCCUUCCUCCACCCUCCUCUCCCUCACUUCCACCCACCCUGCCUCCAUUCAAUUACAUCUCUCCAACCAACGGGGAGAUGAUGGAGGGAUGGAGAGAGGGAGAGAGAGGGAGGGAGGAAGAGGGAGCGAGAAACGUCUCACCUCAUACCUUGCUCCUUACUUUACUGUAGAGUUCCACUGCACUCACUUCAACCCCCCCACCCCCCACACGCCCCCUUUUUUGAUUUUGUGUCUCAAUAGCACUGUAAAUAUUUUUAUCCUCUCUUGUUUUAUCCUCCUGAUUACAAUUACACUGAAAGGAAAAUGAAAAUUACCAAAAAAAAAAAAAAAAAGAAGGAACCACAUUGAAAAAAAAAAAAAAAAUCCAACUUAACAAGCUAAAGAAUUGUGUAUACCUGUGGGAAGAAGAGACUUGAAAGGCACUCCAUUUGGGGUAUUUUGUUUUUGUUUUUUAUUUUGGAGUCUAGUAAAACACGAGAGAUGAAAUGAAUGAUUUUACUUGUAAGAAGAUAAUCAGCCCCUGGAUCGAUGUCGGGGAUAUGGCCUCUUACUGUCCUACUCCUCCGGAGGUCCAGUCUUAUUUUUUGUUUUGUUCCUCCUUUCUUUUGUCUUUUUGUUUAAUUAUUUGCAAAGAAAGGGACAGUAGAAACCUCCUCCUCUUUCAAAGCCAGCAGCUACAAAGAGGAAUCUGAGGCCUCGCUCACCAAUUCUCCAAAAUGGCCUCUUGGCAAAGUUUUUUUUUUUUUUGUCUUGUUUGUUUUGUUUUCUGUCUAAUUCAACAGUAAACACAGACCUCUGUCCCUCUUGACCUGGGCAACGAUAAACAGUUGAACAAAUCAAAGAAGUGACGGAAGAUGACCGAAGUCGUCGCAAUCGGUGGCUUCGUUUCCCUCACUCGACCAAUGGCUCCGCUCCCUUCUGCGUCGGCAGACUUUUGUAAAGAACCAGCAUUUUUCUUCCGAAGACCUCCAGACCAACAGCACUUCUCACCUCACCUCACCUCACCUCUCCUCAACUCAACUCCUCUUCGAGUCCUCAACCGUAUCCACAUCCAUGGGUUGGUGCUAGUCAGGCACUGGCAUCUUUCCGGCCAACUUCAAAAUAUGGUGACCCCCCACCAAUCGCACCCCGGUUUUCCUCCCUCCUCUCCUGAAGGAGUUUUAUUUUUCUAUAUAUGUUGGAGAAAAAAAAAAACAAAACAAAACAAUAAGCUAGGCAGCGACCUGGUUUGUGUUCUAACAUGUUAAUCCUUAUCCCUCGUGGGAGAUCCCUGAGGACCUGACAACCCCAUAGAUAUGUGGAUGUGUGUGUGUGUGUGUGUGUGUGUGUAAUCCACCCUUUACACAUUUGAGAGCUGUCCCGGAAGCCCCCUCCAACCAGACAGGGGGUGCUGUGGUUGACAUGGACUCUUAACGAAUCUGGGUGGUGCAUAGUGUGUGUUAUUCGCAAUCCAUUUCAAUAGUGUUUUCUAAGAUGGACUUUUUAAAAGCUUCGAGGUCGGGAAGGGGGCCCCUCUCUAGAGGCUACAUCUGUGUGAUUUGUCUCGAGGGGGCUUGGCUCUUGCCUGACUAGUGAGUUGACCAGUGCCUUGACUGGUCUGUUUGAUGUCCCUUCAUGAGACCCUUCAGUGACGGAUAGAGGAGAAGCCAGCAUAGCAGGGGGACCACCAGGACUUGGGUUUGGAAAUGGUUGCAUCGUACCGCAGAAGUCCAUAAAACAGAUGUAAAACAAUAGUUAAAUACGGGGAGCCAAUGUUUUGCGAGGAAGAGGAGUGUAUGAGAGCACUUAACAUUGAAUGGUAUCCAGAAUAUUUUGAGCUAGUUUUUUUUUUUUUUUUUUUUUUUUUGUCUUUCCUGAAGGAUGUGGUGUUUCAAGGAAAAAAAUGAAAACAAACAAGUUUUAUUUUAUUUUUGUGUUAUUUUAUUUUAAUUUUUUGUAACAGAGUGUAUGUGUGUGUGCGUGUGUGUGUGUGCGUGUGUGUGUGUGCGUGUGUGUGUGUGUGUGUGUGUGCGUGCGUGUGUGUAUCCUCACUCCAGCUCAGUUUUCAGUCUUACUCCUUUGUUUCUGUAUCCCAACCAACCCGACCCCUCUUUUCUCCCACAUUUCGCUGUUUUGUGACGGCCCUGGUUUGAUAUGAUUUAAAUAUGACAAAAUAAUAAUGAAAUUAAGAUUUUAAAGGGUUGGAAGUGCAAAAGCAAAAGAAAAAAAAAUAUUUUAAAAAGUCAAGAAAUAAGAAAUAAAACUUGUUUUGCGAUAAAA